GUUUGUUUAUAUAUUGUGUUUAACUUCAAAAUGAGUGGCCUAUAAAAUAGCAUUUGUUCUGCCCAGAUUUCAUUUUACAGGGAAAUAAGUGCUUCAGUUCUGACUCAGAUUAAACAAAUUAUAAAAUGAGGCAACCAUGAUACUCAGACAAAGAGAGAGACACUGACAGGGUGUACGGAUGGUACCAUUUUAAGUAGGUUAUUUAGGGAUGGCUUCUCUGAAGAGGUGACAUUUGGACAAGGCCUUGAACAGGCUAAGGAGCCAUGCAGAGGUAUAGGAAUAGAGCUUUCCAGGCAGAGGGAACAUCAGGUGCAAAAGUCCCGAGGUGGAAGCCUGUUGGUUUGGUCAAGGAACAGUGGAAAGACUCUGGGAGAACAGUAGGAGGUGAUACUAGGAAAGAGGGGCAGGAGCCAGGUUAUAAAGUUCCCUGUGGACCAUGCUAAGACCUCUGGCUUUCAUUCCAAGUAUAAUGCCACUGGAAGGUUUUCAUCAGGUGUGUGUGACAGAAUCUGAUCUCUGUCUUAUAAAGAUCACUAUGGCUGCUGUGUGAAAGUUAGACUGCGCUCUUUACCCGCUGGAACCGUGGAGGGUGUUGAAGAGAAGAAGAAGGUUCCUGCUGUGCCAGAAACCCUUAAGAAAAAGCAAAGGAAUUUCACAGAGCUGAAGAUCAAGCGCCUCAGAAAGAAGUUUGCCCAAAACAUCCUUUGAAAGGCAAAGAGGAAGCUUAUUUAUAAAAAAGCAAAGCACUAUCACAAGGAAUAUAGGCAGAUGCACAGAACUGAAAUUCGAAUGGCAAGGAUGGCAAGAAAAGCUGGCAACUUCUAUGUACCUGCAGAACCCAAAUUGGCCUUUGUCAUCAGGACCAGAGGUAUCAAUGGUGUGAGCCCAGAGGUCCGAAAGGUGUUGCAGCUUCUUCGCCUUUGUCAAAUCUUCAAUGGAACCUUUGUGAAGCUCAACAAGGCUUCAGUUAACAUGCUGAGGAUUGUAGAGCCAUAUAUUACAUGGGAGAACCCAAAUCUGAAGUCAGUAAAUGAACUAAUCUACAAGCGUGGUUAUGGCAAGAUGAAUAAGCAAACUGCUUUGACAGAUAACGUUUUGAUUGCUCUGUCUCUUGGUAAAUAUGGCAUCAUCUGCAUGGAGGAUCUGAUUCAUGACAUCUAUACUGUUGGAAAACGCUUUAAAGAAGCAAAUAACUUCCUGUGGCCCUUCAAAUUAUUUUCUCCACAAGGUAGAAUGAAGAAAAACCACCCAUUUUGUAGAAGGUGGAGGUGCUGGCAACAGGGAGGACCAGAUCCACAGGCUUCUUAGAAGAAUGAACCGAGGUGUUUACCACAAUUAUUUUUCUAGUCUGAUCAGUUUAAAUAAACAGUAACUGCUCUCAAGUUGAAAAAAAAGAAAGUUAGACUGCUGCCAGUCAGAGUGGAAGCAGGCAGACUGAUGAGGAGUGUGGCCAGACUCUGCAGGGGACAUGCUGUGGGCCUGGGUUAGCGUGGUAGUCGUGGAGGUGAUGAAGAGUGGUUGGGUUUGGGAUUUGAUAAAAUGAUGUGUUCUGAGAUGUGAAAGUCUUACCAGUAUUUAAAAAAAACAGCUCAAGGCAGGCCGAGCGCGGUGGCUCACACUUGUAAUCCCAGCACUUUGGGAGGCCGAGGUGGGCAGAUCACUUGAGGUCAGGAAUUCGAGACCAGCUUGGCCAACAUGGUGAAACCCUGUCUCUACUAAAAAUACAAAAAUUAGCUGGGCGUGGUGGUUGGCACCUGUAGUCUCAGCUACUCAGGAGGCUGAGGCAGGAGAAUUGCUUGAACCCGGGAGGCAGCGGUUUCGGUGAGCCAAGAUUGCGCCAUCGCACUCCAGCCUGGGGGACAAGAGCGAGACUUUGUCUCAAAAAAAAGCAGCUCAAGGCAAAUUAUGAGUUAAUUGGAGUUUAAAAUGCCUUUUUCUUCAAAGUAUGUCAUAGAUUCUGUAUCCUUGAAAUUCCUUUGUUGGAGAAUGGAACCAGGAAAGGUAAGGACUAGGACUUGGUUGCAUUGUGAAUCCACUUGCCGAUGGAACAAGAAAGAUAGAACAGCAGAUGUGCGUAUUUUCCUCUGUAAUGGUCAUUGAUUUAAUAUAAAAGAUACGUCUGAAGAAUGUAUGCUUGGAUAAGUAAUAUGCUGAAUUCUGGUGUUUGGUGUGAUUGUAUCAGCCUAGACCUGUUUAGUAGUAACUGUGAAAUAUGUUGCAGCAAUAAUAAGGAAUGUAGUGGGUGCCUUUCUGCUAUUAUCAAAAUCCAUUAACAGGUUUUCCUAUGCUUGACUGCCUUUCAUUGUUACGCUUUAUGGUUCAUACUGAAGGGGCGUGUAAAUGACUUCUCUUCUAUGGUUUCUCCAGGUCUUAAAAACAAUGUUGUAUUUUGAGUAAACAUCUCUUUAUUCCAUAGUAAGGAUAGAUGCUAGACAGUUUAUGAUUUACUUUGGUUCUACUCCCCUACUUUGGAUAGGAUUUUACCUAGGUGGAGCGUUGGAUCUUGUUCUUGAGCUGUGUGGAACUUUGACUGGCUUAUGUGAAUGCUUCACACUGCUGGCCACUCUUUGUUGCUUAAGCAGUAGAGACAUAAGCUCAUCCUGGGUACACCUUUUAGUGUACAAGGUUCUGUGAAAAGUGGGUGAAGGUACUUGUCAAGCCAUUAAAUUGUAGUGGACUGUCUUUUUUUCUUUAGCAAAAUUUGGUUUUGGGAGUAUGAAAUUUAAACUUGUGUCUGCCAUUUGUAAGAUAUGAAGUCAUAGUAUGAGUGUUUUUGGGGUUUUGUUUGCUUUUUUUUAGAGUUGGGGUCUUUUAGGAUAGAAUUCCCUUUUCCUUAACCACUUAAAGCUUGAGAACAAAGAUUUGGAAACCUUUUUUGGGUAACAGAUCACUUUAUUAAUCUGAUAAAACUGUGGAUUCUGUUUCCAGAAAAAGACAUAUACAUAUACAUGUUCGUUCAACAGAUUUAUUCAGCAUGUAUUUAUUGAAUAGCUACUAUCUGCCAGUCAUAGUCUAUAGAUGUUUAGGAUACACCAGUGAACAAAAGAGAAAAAAAACUCCAAGCAAACCUAAAAACCCUGCCUCUGUGGAGCUUAUAUUCUAUGGAAUCCAAUGGGUAAUAAACAAGAAUGUUAUGUAGUAAAUUAGAGUAUGAUAGAUGCUAUGGAAAAAAAUAGAUACUGUAAGGGAGUUUGAAAGAAGUGGAAAGAUGGUGGUUGUUGCAAUUUAAAUAGGGGAGUCAGGAUAGGCCUCAUAGGAUGAUGUUUGAGCAAAAAGCUAAAAUGUGUGGGAGUUAGCUAUGUGGAGUUCUGCAGCAUGAGCUUCCCAGACAGAGGAGAAUAGUCAGUGGAAAGGUCCUAAAGUGGGCACAAGGAAGACAGUGUGGUGGGAGCAGAAUGAGCAGGGGGUGGAGUGGUGUGUCAGUUUCCUGGGGCUGCCAUUACAAGCACAUGCUUGGUGGCUUAACACAACAGACAUUUAUUGUGCCACGGUUGUGGAGGCCAGAAGUCUGAAAUCAAGGUGUUGGUUGGCAGGGUUAGUUCCUUCUGGGGGCUCUUAGGGACGGCCCAUUCCAUACUUCCUCCUUGCUUCUGGUGGCUGCUGGCAAUCUUUGGUGGCAGUCCCCAGGAACUGGGGGUUAGGACUUGGACAUAUCUUUCUGGGGACCACCCAUUCAGUCUACGAUGUCUGUUUUGAUUUCUGAGGUAGAUAUUCACCGGUAAGGGGGUGGGGGAAAGUAAAGGUGCUUCUUGGGGCCCUUUUAAGGACUUUGGCUUAAAUUGAAAUGGGGAAGGCACUGGAUGGUUUUGAGCAAAGAAGUGACAUGAUGUGAUUUGCAUUUUCUCUUCUUUCUUUUUUUAAAAAAUUUAAUUUCUGUUUAGUAGAGACAGCUCUCCUUAGGUUGCCCAUGCUGGUCUCAAACUCCUGAGUUCAAACAGUCCUCCCACUUCGGCCUCCCAUAGUGCAUUAUUUGCAUUUUAAAAGGACAGAAGACUCCUUUGUGGACAGUAGACUGGGACAACAGGCUAGAAAUAAUGAGAUAGGUGGGAGGCUAUUAUGAUAAUAAUUCAUGUGAGAAAUGAUGGUGCUUACAUCCAUUUGCUAGUAGACUUGUGAGAAGUAUAUGACUUCUGGAUGUAUUUUGAAGAUAGAGUGACAGUAUUUUCUGAUGAGUUUUUUAAUUUUUUUAGUCAGAAUCUCACUCUGUUGCCCAGGCUGCAGUGCAGUGGUGUGAGCAUGGCUCACUGCAGCCUUGACCUCCCUGGCUCAGGUGAUCCUUCUACCUCAGCCUCCCAAGUAGAUGGGAAUAUAGGCAUGUGCCACCAUGCUCAGCUAAUUUUAGAAACUUUCUGUAGAAAUGGGGUCUCACUAUGUUGCCCAGGCUGGUCUUGAACUCCUGGGCUCACAUGAUCCUCUUGUCUCGCCCUCCCCAAGUGUUGGAAUUAUAGACAUGAGCCACCAUUCCUGGUCUCUGAUGAAUUUCACUGUAGGGUAGGGGUUGAAAGAAAGGAGUCAAGGAUGAUUCCAAGGUUUGGGACUGUGCAGCUCAAAGGAUGGGGUUGUCAGGAGCUGACAUGGGAAGGCUGUGUUUAGAGCAGGUUAUUUGUUUGUUUGUUUUUUAAGAUGGAGUCUCACUGUGUCUCCCAGGCUAGAGUGUAGUGGCGCAAUCUUGGCUCACUUCACCCUCCACCUCCCGGGUUCAAGUGAUUCUCCUGCCUCGGCCUCCUGAGUAGCUGAGACUACAGGUGCCUGCCACCACAUCCAGCUAAUUUUUGUGUUUUUAGUGGAGACAGGGUUUCACCAUUUUGGCCAGGCUGGUCUCGAAUUCCUGACCUCAAGUGAUCUGCCCACCUCGGCCUCCCAAAGUGCUGGGAUUACAGGCGUGAGCCACCGCACCUGGCUUCUUGAGCUUAGUUUGGACACACCGAGGUUAACGUAGUAUUAGAUACUCAAGUGGAGAUGCCAAGUAGACAGUUUUAAGAUGGUGUAAGAGUCUGGAAUUCAUGUGAGAAACCUGGGUUGGAGAUACCUAGUUGUGAGUGUGUGGCAAGUGUAAGUAAAGCUGGGAAACCAGAAGAGAUUACCAGUGGAGUAUAGGGAAGAGAAGAGAAAAGGUUCAAGGACAAAGUCCAGGGACGUUGGAAAGUCUGAGACAACAGUCAGCAACAAAAGCUGGUAAGAGAUCAGCAAAAAAGGAGGAAAACCAAUUAUAUGGCAUCCUGGAAGCCAGAUGAGAAAAACGUAUUCAAGCAGGAGGGGUAGAUGAAGUGUGUCAAAAAUCUGCUAAAAAUCAGCUUAGGACUGAGAACUGAUCAUUGGAUUUAGCAAUGUGGACAGAUGAUCUUGGCAAGAUUAGUUUCAGUGCAGGGUUUGGUUCAUCAUUCUUAUUGGAGUGGGUUUAAGAGAGAAUGAAAGGAGAAUUUGAGAGAGUGAGUAUAGCACCUUUUUAAGGAUAUUUGCUGUAAAGGAGAAUAGAGAAAUAGGGUUGGAGCUAGUGGAAAUUCAGUGAAGACAUUUAUAGAAGUAGCACGCUGCCUCAAAAUCAGGUAUAAUUUCAGGGGAUUAAUGGGUCCCCCAAAUCCCUCUGUGAACCUGCAAUUUAAAAACUGCUUCUCAGUAAAACCAUGAGGCAGUAACUUCAUUUCCUUCCUUGAGAUUUCUCUUUUAUAUUAAGAUGUUGCAUGGUUUGGUAAUUUAGAUCACUACAAGGAAUGAGAAUUCCUAUGUGUCUUCAGUUUUCUUUGUAAGGAAUAGGCCUCGGUAGAAAUUGGCCUUACAUUUUUGGAAAUCUAUUUUAUGCUAAGUAUUUACCCAGGCAUUCUAGAUGAAUUUAAUCUUUAUCACAAUCCUAUGUAACAGGUAUUAUCCCCGUUUUAUAAUUGUGAGAAAAUGGAGGCACGGAGAGAUUCAAUAACUUUCCCAAAGUAACUCAGCUAGGAAGUGGCAGAGCAGAGUUUUAUUUUAUUUUGUUUUUUAUUUAUUUGUUUUAAGACAGGGUCUCACCCUGUUGCCCAGGCUGGAAUGCAGUGGGACAGUCAUAGCUCACUGCAGCCUUGACUUCCCAGGCUUAAACAACCCUCCUACCUCAGCCUCUGGGACACAGGCAUGUGCCACCACACCCAGCUAAUUAAAAAAAAAGUUUUUUUUUUUUUUUUUUUUUUUUGAGACGGAGUCUUGCUCUGUCUCCAGGCUCUGGAGUACAGCGGCACGAUCUUGGCUCACUGUAGUCUCCGCCUCCAGGGUUCAAGUGAUUUUCCUCCCUCAGCCUCCUGAGUAGCUGGGACAACAGGUGUAUGCCACCAUGCCCAGCUAAUUUUUGUAUUUUUAGUAGAGAAGGGGUUUCACCAUGUUGGCCAGAAUGGUCUUGAUCUCUUGACCUUGUGAUCUGCCUGCCUUGGGCUCUGAAAGUGCUGGGAUUGCAGGUGUGAGCCACUGUACCUGGCCAAGAAUUUUUUUUUUUGGUACAGACAAGGUCUCACUAUGUUGCCCAGGCUGGUCUCAACCCUCUGGGCUCAAGUGAUCCUUCUACCUUGGCCUCCCCGAGUGCUGCGAUUACAGACAUGAGCUACCGCGCUUGGCCUUGUGGUUCUUUAAUUGUGGAUGCUAAUAAAGUUUGUGAGUGUGUGGCAGAGAAGUGAGGUGUAGGUAGGUGUUGAAGGGCAAGUGGUGCUUGGGAAUUCUUUGAGAUUUUCAGUUGGAAGAUUCUCUGAAAGAGGAAGCAUUGUCCUCAUGGAUUGCUCUCAGAUGACAUAAAAUAGAUAUAGUAAGAUUAUAAUAGUUUUUAGUCUAAGGACUUGAGAAUAGCUUCUUUUCCUCCAGCAGAGAGGUAAGCAUCCUGUUCCAUUGUGUGAUAGUUGUUGGCUGACACACAGAUCUACUUUUUCUAUUUCCAGCAGGUGAAAUCACUUCCUCUCCACCUGUACUUUAUUUUCUGGUCCUUUUGACAGUAGGGCUUGAUAUUUUGGUAUACCCUGGAUGGCAUUGUUCUCUUGACUCAGAUGACCUAAAUUACAUGCUGUUUAUUGUAAAGUGGUUCAAGGAUGCUUUGAGGUCCUAGAGUUAAAAAUGGAUGCUUCUGAAUCAGUGUGGCUUGAAGAGCAUGUCACUGAGGAUCUCCUAGUCCAGUGGGAUGCAGCAUUUGAUCUGCUCCAGGUCGCAUCCCCUUUUUCUCUGCUGUUUGUGUUAGUCUUUGCUUUCUGAGGUAACUCAGGCAUGUACUCACUGUAAUGUCUACCCAAAGCCAGUCUCAUUAAGACCAGCCAAGGCCAGGAAAUGGGGAGGAAAUAAUACAUACGAGGGUGCUGGAGCCCAAAUAGGUUGUCCUUUACCCUGAGGUACAGGUCAAAUUAGUGACAGAGCUGGCAUUAGAACCCAGUCUUCUUAAUGCCUAAGUUAG